AUGACUGCACACUUUGAGUGUCGAGAGUAUCGUAACUUUGCUAAUGAUACAUGUAAUUUUAUACGUACAACAGCUGACUGUGAAAUGGAAAAUGGUUUUAUACCAUAUCUCGUAUUUCUGUUUUGUACUAUAGGUGACAAAUUAGUCGCUCUUGGGCUAACACUAUUAGCUGGUUGGUUAUUUGUACUAUUCAUCGGUCUUGGUGUGACUGCUGAUUCUUAUUUUUGUCCUGCUCUUCGUGUUAUCACUCGAGUUCUUAAAUUAUCAGAAAAUAUUGCAGGUGUAACCUUUCUUGCAUUUGGUAAUGGUGCACCUGAUAUAUUUUCAGCUGUAGCAGCUGUUGGCAGUGCUAAAUCUGGCGAUCUUGGUUUAGCAUUUGGUGCACUUUUUGGUGCUGGUGUAUUUGUAACAACAGUUAUUGUUGGUUCAAUAUCUCUUUUAAAACCGUUUCAUUCCAUUCAACGACCACUAUUACGUGACAUAGUUUUUUUUAUUAUUGCAACAUUCGCUGCUUAUAUUAUAAUGUAUGAUGGAAAAAUUCAUUUAAUGGAAAGUUUAGGUUUUAUAAUAAUAUAUAUUAUUUAUUUAAUUCUUGUAAUUGGUGGACGUCUUAUAAAUCAACGAAGAAAAAAGCGUCAAGCUCUAUUAAAAGCUGCACAAAUCGAAGUAGUAACUAGAACUUCUGCACCUAUAGAAAUAAAUGGACAAACAUCUAUAUGUGUUAAUGAUAUUAAUGGAGACACUCCUGAUCACCAUUAUUCACAAGCUGAUGUUUCAUUUGCAUUAUCGCAUCGCCAUGAAUUUUUACCACGGGAUGAUAUAGCAUGGGCAAAAAGAAGUAUAUUGAAUAAAUUUUUUUCAAUAAUUAAAUUACCUGUUGUACUCAUUCUUCAUCUUACUGUUCCAUUGGUUGAUCAUGAUAAACCGAAAAAUAAUUGGAAUAAAUUUUUGAAUUCAUUUCAUCUUCUUUCAAGCCCAUUGGUAGUGUCAUUUUUAACAAAAUUAGGAUUUAUUAAAAUUGGAAAUGUUUUUCCUGUAUGGGCUGUUGUAGCAGUUGUUGGAGCAAUAUUUUGUAUCGCAUCGUUAAUACUCACUGACCGUCAUACAAAACCAAAGUGUCAUUCGGGUUUUGGUUUUCUUGGCUUUGUGGUAUCUAUAGUAUGGAUUUAUUCAAUUGCACAUGAAAUUAUUAAUUUAUUAACAACAUUUGGCGUUGUCUUUGGUAUCAGUAAUACAAUUCUUGGAUUAACGUUUCUUGCAUGGGGAAAUAGUUUAGGCGAUUGUGUUUCAAAUAUUGCUUCUGCUCGACAAGGUUAUCCAAAUAUGGGCAUAUCAGCUUGUUAUGGUGCUCCCCUUUUAAAUUUUCUUAUGGGACUUGGAAUUCCAUUUACAUAUAUUACCAUAAAAACUGGUACAGCAUUCCCUAUUGAUAAAUCUUUAUUACAAAAUGUAAUGGCUUAUUGUCUCUUUGGAAUUUUAUCCGGUACACUUGUAUUUAUUCCCUUAAAUAAAUUCUUUUUUAGUCGUCGAUUUGGCUCUGUAUUACUUGUAUAUUAUAUUGCAUUUUUGACAGCAGCUAUUCUAAUUGAAACAAAUGUAAUAUGA